AUGAGGGUCUACGUAUUUUUCUUUGGUCUAAUUUGUGUUGUGGCUUAUAAUAUUCAUGCAUACUCAGAUUUUGAACAAGGAGGUCAACCUCUAAAUGAAGUAAGACAUCCAGAGGGGAAAAACCUUGAGCAUCAUAUAGUAAAGAGGAGCUUUUGCAAAAACAACAAGGAAUGCAAUGAUUUUUGUACUAAAUUCCUGUUUUACAAAAAAGGAGUUUGUCAUUUAAUUUGCUUUUGCUCU